AUGAAUGGAACCGAUUACAACUACACAGAUCCUCUUAAUAUCUCAGCAGCUGUCAUUAUCAUUGUGCUUGUAAUUAUUGGAAUAUUGUCAAAUAUUUCAAUCAUUUAUAUUUUUAUACGAUCUCCAUCCGAAAGAACUUCAUUCAAUAUUAUUUGUGUCUUCCGAGCUAUUUCCAACAUUAUCAUAUUAUCUUGGGCCUUCCUAGCUACUUUUCUCCCAAUCACCCUUGUAGGCACCUCCCCGUUCACUGAAUUCUAUGAGACUAUUGUGAUCGCAAUUUCGAAUACACUGUAUUCUGGAAUCCAAAAUACUGGAGUUUAUAUAGCAUUAAACCGUUUCUGUGCAAUGUACCUGCCCCUGUACUAUUCGAAACUUUUCGGGUUUAAAGUGACAUUUCUGAUUACUACAUUGAUGUUUACAUACAGACUUGUCAAGAUAACUUUUGAGUCUUUUCAUUUCAUAGGGCUUGAGUGUUGGAUGACAUUCACUGCAGUCGAAUUGACAUGGUAUCCAAGUAUGGACGAUAAGUGUAACGAAGACUCCAAUUCAAGCUCGGAAAUCAACACUUCUGCAAUAUUUCUCCUAGUUAUGACUUCUCUGAAUAUUGCCACUUUCUCUAAAAUCUACUUUUUCUACAAAGCGACUGAUUUGGAUUUGAAAGAGAGAAAAAAGAAACAAAAGAAGAAUCAGGCUCUUUUUCUACAAACGAUAAUUCAGGAUACUAUAACUCUAGUCGAUAUGAUAUUCACUUUUCGAUUAAGUUUAUUGAGUAACCAAAGGAUUUGGACAUUUUUCUGUGGUACCGUUAUUUGGGGAUGUGUUCACUCGUUUGAUGGUGUAAUCAUGGUGUUGUUCAAUGAGAGGCUUACCUUUCUCAAGAAGACGUUCUUCGGCUCAUCACCUAAUAAUUCGAUUGUCCUCCCAGUUUCAAAACCGGCAGUUUCAGUGGCUCCAUCUGGUUUCCCAUCUCGUGUUGAUUAG